AUGCUAGAAGGCGAAUACCGCGCGCGGUACGGCGAGAUAUUAUCGUUCUGGUGGCAUCUGGCGCCCACCUGGAAUGGCCAUACAAUGAUCGCGGAUGAUAGGGCACCGAUCGCAGUAGCGACCGACGAUAGUGGCGUCGGAGACAUCGGAGCCGUAUGUGACGAGCUCACUUUGUCGGAGCUGGCGCCCAAAUCGAUCAUCAAGGAGGGCAUCAUGGCCCUCGAGAUCUACGCAGUCGUGAGAGCGUUCAGGCUCUGGGGUGUGCGCUGGCGCGGUCAGCGUGUCAUGGUUUACUGCGACAAUCAAGCCGUAAUAGCGGCGAUCAAGUCCGGUUCGAUCAAGGAUGCAGCAGUCAUGAGGCUGUUGCGCGAAUGA